AUGCGGCGACUCACCGGAGGCGUGAGCCUUGCUGUGAGUGCGUUGGCGGCGCUUGGUUGCCUGCUGCUUCUUCGCCGCACGGUGCGCUGCUCAUGGCGUUCGGAACCCAACACGACGCUGCACGACCUCGGAUGCCGCGAGCGAAUACCUACCGGCAGGCUACAGCGCCUCUUGCAGUGGCUCCGCGGCUCUGCGUGCGCCGACGCCGUUGUGGCGCUCCGUACCGCGAACCCGCAUGAAGCGGCGCUGUACCACUCCCUCUUGCUUCCGCUACAAAAACAGCUGAAUUCCUCCUUUACGCUCGUGACGGAGGAGGUGGCGGGGCUCGACGCGGUGAUUAUUAUUGAGCUUCGCACACGUGAGUUUCACAGGAAAUACACGCAGGCGGCGGCUGCGGCCUCCUCCGCUGUCUCCACAAAGGUUCCGCCGCCGUCCUCGCAGUUGCCGACUUUCUCUGCAGACACAGCUGCCGCAGCCGUCUCGAGCUUUAAGGCGCAGGAGUGCCUGGUGCUUUGCUGCGUUCAACUUCCGGACUCACGCGUCUAUCGCGAGCUUCCCGCUUUUAUUUCACGACUUCUUGCGGCGCACGUAAACAACCGGCGUUUGUUUUCUUCGUACGCGGAGGAGCUGUUGUUUUACCUCCCCUUCAUUGAGGCACGUAGCCGGUGUCACCAUCACCACCACCAGCAGAACCAUCAUACAGCCACAACGACUCUGGCGACGCCGCUCUCCUCAACAGUCUCGUCGACGCAGCGAGAACAUAAACACAUUUUUUCUGAGCGAGAAUCGUUUAUGUCGGCAGAGCUUGCUGGCUCAGUAAGCACCGCAAUGUCGUGUGGAGGGGUGGAUGAGGAUGCUAGUUUGCCUCUGCUUGGCGAGGUCAUAGACGUCAAUGCCACGCUCUUCUCUACCUCGUGGCUGGUGGAGGUUGACAGUAGGGCGGCCAGUUCCGCUGACGGCGCGUUCUCCUUUAACUCUCAGGGUGACGAUCAAUUUAUCUACGACGCCAUCCACGAGGCGUUCUUUCACGUGGUACUUCACACUCCACUCGCUCGGCCCGACUUCUUAGCCGCUGACACGCUUAAGAUGCACGCAUUCAAGGUGUGGCGAGCGAGUCGCCGAUCGCGGCGUGCAGCGGCAGAGUUGUACGUCUUGGAUGUCGCGGCGGCGAAGGGUGAUUCCGUGAUAAGUUUUGCACGGGUGGUGGAUGAGGUGGUGGCGCAGGCUGUGCUUGUGCACCAUCGCGGGUCACUGGUGGAAUUUGUGGACGCCCUCUUUUCGCGGUUUUCGCUGCGGUACACGCCUGUCACCUCCGCCCUGCGGGAGGUGGUCGAGCGGUGGCGCGAGAAGGUGCAGAAGCGGCGACAGUUGGAUGAGAGCGGAGAGGGGGCUGCAUGGAUGGCGGGAAGGGGCACGGCUUACUAUGGACGGCGACAGCCACCACGCCCGACUGAACGAGGACAGGUGUGGCCGCACAAUGAGCAUGGAUGA